AUGUGUUCAAAGUAUUUAUUUCCCUUAUUUAAUCUCUUUUUAACAAUCUACCACAAUCUUUACCCCAUAUCGCUCUACCCCUCAAUUUUGGCUAACACUUGAUCUAUCUCUAGGAAAAUACUUCAAAAAAUCCAGAAAUAGCCAUUUCAGACCAAAAAGUGGUAUCUUAAAAACCCAGACAAGAAAGUCCAAGCAGAAGAAAGCUCAUCAGAAAAGAAGCUAUGAAAUUAUCGAUCAUGAGGCCAACAAGAACCACAUCUUUGUAGUUAGCCCUAUUAAGGGAGAUAUGAGCAAAAUUGUAGUCAAAUAGAGCCCAGAUCUUUUCACAAAAGGAUACCAAGAAUCCUAGUUUUGGGUGGCUGACCACUGUCGAGUCCAAGAAAUCUCCAAAGAUUUUACAGCAUAAACAUUCUACAUCAGUUGUAAAAUUUCCAUCUAAAAGCAAUAAUAUGAAGGAAAUUGAUAUCAUUUCAAAAUAAUCUCUCUGGCAUAAAACAACCCCUUCAAGAAGAUAAUCCAAACCAAGCGAUGUUGCAGGCUAGGACUCUGUUACUAAACAAUGCUCCUCAUAGAAAAAGUUUACUUAAGAAUAGGUCUGCUUACAACAAGAUGGUUUCUGAAAGAGUCAGUUCAGAAAAGGGAAAGAGACGCACCAAAUCUAAGAAAUAUCUGAAACCCAAGAAGACCUUAAAGAAGGAUAAAUAUAUUCUUCGAGGAGGUACUAGGAGACACUCUCAACUUGAUGAUGCUGUUCAGAUGAACUUGGAAGUCAAACAGAUGGCUGUUAAUGAGAAAGAGGUUAAGAAAACAUAUUUUUAUAGAAGCAUUUCUCAAAAAGACAACUUGACUAUAAAUGAGACAAUCCUUCAGAAUUCUCAAACUUGUGGAUCGUUAAAAACACCGAAAGGGUUGAAUACAAAUAAGCAUGGACAGAAAAAUAACACUAAGAAUAAACUUAACUCUGAUUUGGAGGAUACUCUGUAUAACUAUCGAGUUAAAUUUUUAAAUCCUCAAAGAAAGAGAGAUUCUCAGCAAAUUACACAAACAACACAUUUAAUCGAAAAACGAGAUAUCUCUCAAAAUGAUACAAAAUUAGAAGAACAGGUAAUCACAUCUCAGACAAAUCAGGAUAGUGAUGAGGAUUUUCUUACAAAGAUUCAUAAAGAAUUCAAUAUCAGAGAGAAAGAUUCAAAUAAGCAAACUCCCAAGCGGAAAAUAAAAUCAGCAUAUAAUAAAUACAAAAAGUCAUUUCCUCGACCCAUUCAGACCUCUAGUAUGUUUUCAAAACCACGAAAGUCAAGAGAAACUUUUAUGAAGAGAGGAAUGUCUAUGGAGAUGCCGUUUGGCUCUUUAGUAACUCAGAAGAACUCUUUCAAACCAUCAUUGAUCAAGAAGCCUCAUCCAGAUCUUACAGUAACUUCAAAAUCUAUUCUAAAAAUAAAUUCUAACAAAUCAAAGGAUUUUUCAAAAACAGCUGAAUCCAAAUUUCAAGCUAACAAUUCAAAAAGACAAAAGAGAUUACAAAGACCUUAUUCAGGAAAGCCUCGGAGAGCUAGUGUCACUAAAAGUGAAUUUAUGCAAAAACAUUUGCAAAAGGUGUUCCAAGCUAUCAGUAGAGAAGUUAUCCCCUCUGGAUAUUCAGUUAAAAAAUCAAUAAGUUCAAAUAAUGCCCAAGCAAAUUCACAAUCCCAGAAAGAUAUACUAAGAAGUUCAGAGAUUGACAGCACAAAGUUUAAUAAGCAAGAUCCGAAUACGAACACUUAUAAAAGCUCCUCAAUGACUUCUGUUAAAGAUUAUAAAUACUCCCCUCCUUGUGUUGUCUCUCCUGAGAAGCUAUAUGGUGAGUCCCCGAAGAAGUGUAUUCAGAUCAGGAUGAAUUUCUAG